ACCAUCUAUCAACUUCCCCCCCAAAAAAGAAAAAAAAGCUCCUCUUUCUCUCUCUCUCAACUUUUUUUUCUCUCUCCUACUCUGCCAAUUCUUGUUUGGACUCAAAUUUUCCUCCUUUAUUUUUUCCUCUCUUUUUUAUCUGGUACUACUAAGGCUGCUCAGAAAAUAAACCUCACUCUCUCCAUCUUUUUCAACAAAGCAUAAUUCUACUUGUGCUCUUCUUCUUCUUCUUCUUCCUCUCUCUCUCUCUCUCUCUCUCUCUCUCAUCAAAGCCCAUUUGUUCUUAUCCUUUCUCUUCAAUCUUCAUCCAUCCAUCUCUCAGUAAAACUCAACAAGCCAACUAUGAAGAAAUUCAUAUUGAAAUUGGAUUUACAUGAUGACAAGGCCAAGCAGAAGGCUUUAAAGACAGUCUCUACACUUUCAGGGAUUGAUUUAAUUGCCAUGGACAUGAAAGAGAGGAAGCUAACAGUAAUUGGGACAGUGGAUCCAGUGAAUGUAGUAAGCAAGCUGAGGAAAUAUUGGCCAACAGACAUAAUUUCAGUAGGGCCAGCAGUAGAGCCCAAGAAGGAAGAACCAAAGAAGGAAGAGCCCAAAAAAGAGGAAGCAAAGAAAGAAGAAGAAGGCAAGAAGGAGGAGCCAAAGAAAGAAGGAGAAGCCAAAAAAGACGAAGCGAAGAAAGAUGAGACGAAGAAGGAGGAUGACAAGAAAGACGAGCCAAAGAAGGAAGGCGAAAAGAAGGAAGAAGAGAAGAAGAAAGAGCAACCGCAACUGGCUAUGCCAAUGCCGAUGCCAAUGUCGAUGUCGAUGCCAAUACCGAUGCAGAUGCCAAUGCAAAUGCAACAACCUGACCCAGUUAUGGAAAUGGUUAAGGCUUAUAGAGCAUAUAACCCUCAUUUGACCACUUAUUAUCAUGUUCAUAGCAUGGAAGAGAAUCCAAAUGCUUGUGUUAUUUGUUAAGUAUUACUCUAUCUAUGGAGCCUUUUUAAGCCAAGGCAUUUUGGAAACAUUUGGUGUUGCAUUUGGUGAAUAUCUAAUCAGCCAAACCUACUACCCACUUUGAAGCUAAAGCUUUGUCUUUGUAGAUACGAAAAACACAAAUAUUAUGCCUUUUUGGUGUUUUGUUUAUUACCCAAAUAUUUUAGUUUAAUGUGUAAAAAUAUUCAAUAAA